GAGAUUGCUGCACGUAAUCCGUCUAACCUGGUUUAAACCUGUAAACUGACCUUAUCAUUGCGGUUCAACCUAGACGUUUCUAUCCUUGGUCACUGUCUUUGUUCCCGCCAAUUCGAAUGUUUUUCGUGGAAAAAUUGUCCGUGACGAUAUAACUUAUUGUACUGAAGGACAGGAAGGAUGAUAAUAAAAAGAUGAAGAAAAACGGUCCCUGCAUAUUGACGUACUAUUAAAAAUAAUGUCCUUUUUGAAAAGUAUGCCAAUAUAGCUCCCGGUCUCCGCAGAAGUGCAAUCAAGAAGGAGGGAUCUCCGGGAGUGGCCCUGAAGUGACAAGGCAGCCGUCGUGGGAAUCCGCGAUCGGAAAUGCAUCAAAACAAUUACUCUCUGGGACUUGUGUUUUCAUAUUGAGGCAGUGUGUUGACAUUCGAUUGGGGGCUGUGUAAACAAGGUUUCGAUUAGCAGAGGUCAUAAUCGGUAUUAGGUACUAUUAAAAUUCCAAAAUAAUAGAAAAUACAUUUUCAUCUCAGUUUAAACUUGCGAAUCGUUCUGUUAACAAGUAUAUAAAUUUACGUGAAAAACAAAUUCUACUCGUGGGCGUUUAUAUUUUUAUGGUAUUUUUUAAAUUAUAUUUUUCUCUAAUUCUUUUUUUUAUGUUUAUUUUUAUUUUAAAAGUAUUCGGAUCAUCUUAAUCCGGGAGUUAUCGAAUUUUUCUAAAACCGCGUUCGUAGGUAUUUAACGUAAUUUUAUAUCAUUGUGUUUUCGAAAGUAUUCGAAAUUCUUAAAACCGCGUGUGAGUGUUUUUUUUCAAUUUUGAAAAUAUAACGUUCGAGUGCCGCUACACAUGAGGGAGAUUCUCGUUCAGGCAAAUGGAGUCUAAGAUAUUUUAUCGUGUGGAUGUUAGCCGUAGUGAUUGCGAGGUGCAGGGCGGUAGGUCACGAUAAUUCGGAACUCGAGGCAGCUGGAGACGAAGCAGCAGUGGAUGAUGCGACAGAAGAUUAUUGGGCCGGAAGUGGAGCAGGUCCAGAAGAAGAAGAAACACAUCGAAAUGAAUCUAGGGAAGCGUUAACACACGAGGCGAGCGAUCACGAUGCUGUGGUGUAUGUUGGUGAAGGCGCGGCAUACGUUCCAGUGCCUUCAUUGAAGAGUAGACCUUUGAGCCCCAAUUUACAGGCUCUUCAAACACUACAAGGUCUCCAGGGUCUCGCAGGUGGUGGCGUCGGAGGAACAGGACUAGCAUCCGACGAGGAAUGGAGAAGACAUCCGGAAUCUUGGGAUCGCGAACACAGAAGAUAUAGGCCUAAUACCACAAGAGUGCAACAUAUCGAGGCGGAAUGUCAAGACGAUUACAUGAAGAUCCGAAUUGGCUUUAAUGGCUCGUUCGCUGGACUUCUCUACUCUGCAGGUUAUUCAUAUGAUCCAGACUGCAUGUACGUUAACGGGACGGGUCGUGAUUAUUACGAAUUUUACAUUCAACUAAAUCGAUGCGGCACUCUCGGUGAGAAUACUCAUCAUCAGGACAGUAGGAAAAAUCCCACGAAAAAUUUGAUGUGGAAUACCGUAACUGUACAAUACAAUCCACUCAUUGAAGAGGAGUUCGAUGAACACUUCAAGGUCACCUGCGAGUAUGGUUACGACUUCUGGAAAACUGUCACGUUUCCAUUUCUCGAUGUCGAGGUUGCCACGGGAAAUCCUGUAGUCUUCACUCUUCAGCCGCCUGAAUGCUACAUGGAAAUUAGAUAUGGAUAUGGAGUAACAGGAACGCGAGUCGCUGGACCAGUUAGAGUUGGAGAUCCAUUGACUCUCAUCAUCUACAUGCGCAGCAAAUACGCAGAUGGUUUUGACAUUGUUGUCAAUGAUUGUUUCGCGCACAACGGUGGAAACAAGAAAAUUCAAUUGAUCGAUCAAUAUGGAUGCCCAGUUGAUGACAAGCUGAUAAGCAGGUUUCGUGGUUCCUGGUCGGAAAGUGGACUUUUUGAGACACAAGUUUAUGCCUAUAUGAAAACCUUCAGGUUCACGGGUUCUCCGGCCCUUUACAUCGAGUGUGAUGUGCGGAUGUGCCACGGACGAUGUCCGAGCCAACCGUGUCAUUGGAGAAACUCUAAGAACGUUGCCAAAAGAUCGUUGACAGAUCUGAUCGGUGGUCCAUCGACACCAGCAACCAGCUUAUCAGAAAAUGUGAAUCUCUUCCAGUCUCUUCGUGUUUUACAAGAGGGAGAAGUUGAUACUGAAUUUUUUCAAAAUACGACGUCCAACGUUCGUUCUGGUGAUAGAGUCUGCUUGAGGCCGAGUGUAAUCAGCACAGUGGUGGGUCUUGGAUGCGGUUUGCUCUGCAUAAUGGCAGGAACUCUAAUGGCCAUGUGUUCGCGAAUGCGACGUGUCGCACGUGACAAAUUUCUCACUGAAAGUUUAAGUUACAUGACACAUAAGGGUAGAAUCAAUUAAAAAAAAAAAAAAGAAAAAAAAACACUUUAGCGAUAUAGUGGUAUUAAUUCUGCCAUUCUCUUCUCGCCGUUUUUUUUAUCGCGCAUUCAUUAUAUAUUGUUUAUCGAAGUCGAAGAAACACGAGUCAGAACUUUCUCUUCAUUUAAAAGAAGAAAAUAUACUUUAAAGACUCUUGGAUCUCGAUAAUCUUAUAUGAUAAAGCAGAAAAUCGGUGAGGCAUCGACGAAAAAUCGACUCUCCGGACUGAAUAAUUCGAGGAUCUCUUCUAUAAAGAUAUUUUCUCGAGAACAUAUACAUAUAUACACAUAUCAAACUUCUCUUUCAAAUGAAUUUAGUUUCAACUUUGCUUAUCAAUAUUUAUUCUAAUUUUUUUUUUUUUUUUUUUUUUUGUAAGAAUGCUUAUUUGAGUUUAAUGACAAACUCGUUUUAGUGGUAUCAAGUAUGUAGAUCCAUUAAAUUGCAAGUAAAACGAGAAAGUUAGUGCAAUAAUUAUACAGUUGCGUUGCAAAACUUAAAAAAAGAAACUGAAAUUAAAAAAAAACAAAUCGGUAAUAUUUAAUUAAUAUAGUUAAAAAUUUAGAAAUUAACUUAAUUUAGUAGAAUUUAAUUUUAUUAAUUAAUUAAAUUGUAAGUUAAUCAAUUAAUUAAAUAAAUUAUUUGACAUUUUUUUUCUACUGAGUUGAUUUAAAAAUUUAAUUAAUUAGUUUGCAAAAUUAUUAAUUAAAUAAUUACAUUUUAUUUUAAAUUUAAGAAAUUAAUUUUACCUAAUUAAUUGAUAAAGUAAUUUUUAUAAAUUUUGCUAAUUUGUGAAUUGUAUGUUUUGCAAAAUUAUCCGCAUUUGUUUGGGAAGAAUAUUUUAUAAUAUUUAUAAAAUAGCUCAUUUAUUUCACGUGAACAUUUUGAGUAUAAUAAUUAUAUAUGUAAUCUUUUGGGAAAUUUUAUAUACUGUCCUUUUACUUUUGUCGCGAAUGCUUUAUUUUUUGUCGUUUUGCAGCUAGACUGUAUAUAUGUAUCUCUCAAUUUGAAAUAAUUUACUAUUUAACGGGAUUUCUCAUCAUCUUGUGAGAUUCUAUUUAUAAGGAGACAAUUUUUUUUUUGUUUUUUUGUUUAUUAGGAUAAAAUACUAUUCUGCAUGUUCAGAAACAAUUGUAGUGGUGCAUAUCUCGUGUGCACCUUGGUCACGCUCCAAAUAUUUCUGCGUUGUUCAAGUGACAUGAACAUUAGUUUUAGUAGGAACUGAAUAUCUAAAAAAGUGUAUUUUAAAUGCGGUUGUACAACAUCAUUGGGAUAUUCAUUGUUGUUCUUUAAAUUUGAAAUACUUUUUUUUAUGUUCCAUCAAUUUUUCAUUCAUGUGGAUAAAAAAUUUACAAGAAAUUUUGUUGAUACGAAAAAUGUUACUAAAUUAAUAAGUUUUUAAAAAAGUAUGAAAGAAAAAAAAUUAAUUACAUUUUUCAUGUUAAUUCUAUUUAAAAAAGUAUUUAUUGUAAAAAUUAUAGCCUUAAAAAAAUGUUUGUUAGACUAGAAAAAAUUUUAUUUGAUUCAAAUAAUUGAUUAUAUGACUAUUAUCAAAUAAAAAUUUAUUUCAUAAUAGUCAAGUAAUGAAUUAUUUAAAUUAAAUAAAUUUUUUUUCUCAAAUGAAAAUUGAUUUAAUUUAAAAGAUAAAUCCAAAUAUUUAUUAAUUUAAAAAUUGAACCAAAAAAAUUAUUUUUCGAAUUACAUUAAAAUAAUUAAAGAAUUAAAUUGAAUACACUUAAAAAGUGUAUUAAAAUUCCAACACUUGUAACUAAAUAAAAAAAAAAUUAAAUGGGAAAAAAAUUCACUUUUGAAAAAAGGAGCAAUUUUUACUAUAAAUACCGCAUUUAGAAAGACAAUAAAAUUAAACUAUAGACUUAAGAAGUAUAUAUGCAACGAAAGAAUGCGCCUUAAUUAAAAAAAAUCUCAUAAUAUACACCUCGAACGACCAGUGAAGAUUAAUUAAUAUAUUGUUUGUGGUGCAAGUGUAACAAAGCCUCACAACUAUAUUAUAUAAUAUAACGUAGAUGGAAUGUUUUUCUUUGCCAUUAGAAUACGAUUUUCUCAUUUAACUAUGUAUUUUUUAACAUAUAGUGAAAUAUUAAUUUCCCUUCCUGAUUGUUCCGGGGGACAUAAAUAUUUUGUAUAACUAUAUACACAAUAAUUUAAUAUUCUUCGGGUUACACCGUAUCAGUAUCCCUCUGUUUAAUAAAUAACUUGUACAUACAGUGUAUUAGCCUUUGUAUAAUGAUUAAGACAAAAAAAAAUAUAUAUAUAUUAAAAAAAAUAUAUAUAUAUUUAUAUAUUUAAGUUACAUAAUUAAAUUUAGCAAUAAACGACUUGUGUGAAUUAAAUUAUAAUCUAAUUUGCAGACUAACGUGAUUUUUUCUUGACAUAUCGGUGUAAUAUGCAAUUGACAAAAAAAUAAUGGUUUUUUAAUAAACAUUCUAUUUAAUAAGAAUAUACCUUAUUGGAAAAUUUUUCACAACUGUUUUACGAGUAGGAAAAAAAUAUCUAAAUGCCAAAAUUAUUUUUAUUUUGCUAAAAUAGUAGUUUCCUAAUUUAAAAUUAUUUUAUAUUAAUACUUUCCUUUUAAUUGAAAUUUAAAUCUGAAUUUUUUUCAAAAAGUAUUUUUCUAGUGCUGCAACUGGAAAGUUUUUUUUCUGAAUCAAGAGGUAACUAAUGCUUUUAAAAUUUUUGUUUUAUUUUUAAUUAUUUUUUGACUAUUAAAGUUUAUAAAAAAAAAUAAAAAAAAGAAUAUCAUUUUUCUAUAGAAACAGGUUUUUUUUUUAAAAAAAAAUUUGGUGUUGUCGACUCUAUUUCCGAAAAUUAUAUUUUUCUCUACGAAUUGUAAUUUUGAAUUUUUUUUUUUUUGUAAUUUCAAAUUUACUUCGUAAAUAAUGUUAAUGAAUAUAAGGCGUUACUUAUAAUUUUUCGAUUUACGAUAUUUACUAAAUAAAAAUGUGCAUUUUUCUUUGGUAUAAUUAAUCAAUUAACAAUUAUAUCUCAUUUGUGGCGAAAUGUUAUAAACGACUGAAUACGAAUUAUUAGGAAUUGUGGAUAUCGACAGAGAUAAAAUAUCUUUUCUUUUAGAAUUAGUUUUGGUGGUGCCACCGACUCUGUCGUAUCUUCAAUUGAUCAGUACUUAAUGUAUAGGACAUUUUCUAAUAACUCAAUAAAGCGAAUAAUUUAAAAAAAAUAA